GUUCACGGCUGCUGCCAAUUAAGGUGAUUCUGACUCGAACCACAGUAAAGUUUCGCUUUUCCUGUUUCUCUCAGGCCUGGUUUCAUGGUAACAUUUCAGUCGAACUUCAGGACACAUGUUUGUGAACUAAGGUUCAUAGUGAAGUUAGUCGAAAUGGAGUGAAGAAAAUAAGGAACUUUAGUGUCUUUUACCAGGAACUGGACGUCAGUCACAGACGACAGAAAAGACAAGAAAAAACUAGUCAUGGAGGCCGUUCAUUACCAGAGCCAGGGAAAUGGAAAGGGGCAAGUCAAGGACACAUCACCUGAGCUCCUGGGAAGAAGGAGAAGGAGGAAAAAUGUAAAGGGAGGAAAAGAGAUAAAGACGUGUAGGAGCAGAGAGACGGAGUUCAAACAAAGACAAUCUCCAUCCCCCCCUUCCCUGUCCACCAAAUUAAUUUGCUUUCUUCCUGUUCCCUCAUAGCUGGUCACUGAUCUCCCUGAGGUCCAUGACCAGCUGAAGCGUGUCCUGCUCCUCCAACAUUCAUUUCCAGUGGAAAGUUGAAGGUUGCCAGCAAACAACUUGCCAAAAAUCACUUUUUGACAAACGCCCAUUGCUCUCCUGUUACGCCGAAAAGAAGGAGUCAUUGUGCUGCCACACAGUAUAAAUCAUAGUUAGCAAAUGUCGCCGCCAGUGGUAUGUUCGGGUUCAAGUGGGGAAAGUUGAUCAGAGCGAGCGGGCGAGCAUCACAACUGCCGUGAUUUAAGGCUGAUAGGCUGCUUCCUCACCAGCAGCUGUGGUUCAGUGGCCAUGGAGAGAGGAGAUCAGUGAUCUUCAGACUCCAGCUUUCCUCUAGAUGUUCAUCAAAUACCAGCAGAAUGGAGUUACUAAGCUGACUGAGCUCCGUGCCAGUGUGAAGAUCCUGUUUUAAGCCAUUUUAAAUUAGUUCUCGCCUGUUUGUCAGAAAGGUUCACCUGCGUAUUUCCUUAGAGAACAAUAUGAUAAAAGGUUUGAAUCCUGUCUGCAGCUACACACAAGCACAAUCGCACACCUGAUAGAGACCACUGUAGUUCACUGGCCUCUGUCAGGGACCCCUCUUUACCUGGUAUUGUCCCACCACAGGAGCCUGGGUAGCAGGUUGGAUGUUGGAGAAAUGCCUCAGAUAUCAGGUGACCAGUUGCCCCACGGCCUUUGCUCCUCGCCCAGCUCGCAGUGAUGGAGAGCUCCUGGCUGCCGCUGUAUCCCGUGUCACAAAAGCACCUUUCUACACAAGAGGGGUACAGAGAAUGGGCCACAGCACACUGGUUCGCCUUGGGUCGGAUCCAGCCCGCCGUAGUUGGAUUUCAAGACCUCCCCCACUGCUGCAGGAGAACACUUUCAUUGGUGGGGAUGUUCUUUCAGCCCUAACCUGGCAAAGAUAUCAGAGCAGAGCUGGAACUUUGGAUCUGAGACACCGAGGAAGGAUGAAGGACCACACUGCACGUCUCUGGAUGAAGGAUUAAAAUCCCUGCUGUAAAUAGGAACAAAACAAAGUCUGCAGCGUGAACUCCACCAACCAUGAGGAUCAUCUGGAGUCAGCUGACCAUCGUGGCUCUAGUCGUGGUCUCUCUCACUCUGUUGUGCUGCGCCGAGGCAAAGACGACACCGAAGCCCAAGUACACAAAGAAACCAGUCUCUCAGAUCACGGUGCACAGCCCUGUGACCACCAACGUCCCCAAGACUCUCAAGAUACUGCCCACGGCCCCUGUGGAGCCCCAACCAGCACCUGGCCAAGGUCACAACUUACCUCAGAUGCACUCUGGGAGCACUGCCCCCCCUGGUGUUGGCCUUGAUAACUACACCAUGGAUUAUAAUGAAUGUUACUUUAACUUCUGUGAGUGCUGCCCCCCCGAAAAAGGCCCCAGGGGGGCAAAGGGAGACACUGGAUUGCCGGGGCCACCAGGUGAGAGAGGCCUUCAAGGAGCUGCUGGGUUACCAGGACCAGCGGGUGUGAUCGGUUCUGUGGGACCAAAAGGAGCCAAAGGUGACAGAGGAGAGAGAGGAAACAUGGGGGCAGCGGGCCCACCAGGAAGCCCAGGAAAACCAGGACUAAAAGGUGACUUUGGCUCAAAGGGUGAAAAGGGUGAUUUAGGUCCACAAGGACUCAGAGGGAGCAGUGGCGACAAAGGAGAACCAGGCCAGAAAGGAAACACGGGGGACAAAGGAGAACCAGGACUAGAGGGACCAGCAGGACCUCCAGGAGUGGCUGUUGGUCAAGGCCUUAAAGGAGACAAAGGAGACAGAGGGGACUGUAGUUCAUUAGGAGAGAAAGGAAUGAAAGGAGAGCAAGGAGAACCCGGACCCUCGGGCAUCCCUGGAAUGAUGGGCAUUCCAGGAAUGAACGGUAAGCACGGAGCCCCUGGGCCUGUUGGUAUCCGAGGAGACCAAGGACCGCCUGGUCCUCCAGGAGAACCAGGAGUAAGAGGGUCUCAGGGUCCACAAGGCAUUCGGGGGAUGCCCGGUCCAAAAGGAGACAGAGGUUACCACGGGAUGAGAGGUGAGCGAGGCAUUCGAGGAAUGAAAGGAGCCAAAGGGUCGGGGGUUCCCCAGAAACACUCGGCCUUCAGUGUGGGAAUCUCUCCAAGAAAAUCCUUCCCUCCCUCUGGAUUCCCGGUCCGCUUCGACAAAGUCUUCUACAACGACGAGAACCACUUCAACGUGACUUCAAACAGCUUCACCUGCGUCAUCCCCGGCGUCUACGUCUUCUCCUACCACAUCACCGUUCGCAACCAGCCCCUGAGAGCCACACUGGUGGUGAACGGGACGCGACGGGUGAGGACACGGGAUUCUCUGUAUGGUCAGGACAUUGACCAGGCCUCCACCCUGGUGGUGCUGCGGCUGGGAGCAGGAGACCAGGUCUGGAUGGAGACUCUCAGAGACUGGAACGGUGUGUAUGCGAGCAGUGAGGAUGACAGCAUCUUUUCUGGGUUCCUGCUUCAUCCAGACACUCCCUGAAAGUCCACUUUAGACCAGAGAGUCUCUUCUUCAACCUUUACUGACCCACGAGGACUGUGUCUGAGACAAGACCAAGGGCUGGUGGAGCCACGUUACCACUAUUUACUCCUGAACUGAACGUCUGUCAGAUUAUUUUAUUGUU